AUGCUCAAAAAAAUCAAAAUGGAAAGAAGAGUCCAGAGCUCGACCGUCUAUGGAGACGCUUUCGAUAUGUGGCGCGACUACAUGAACCUAUGCAGUCUGCUGCAGCAGAGACGGGAGGCGGAUCACCGAGGAGGAACCAACGGGGAGCCAAAGAAGGACACUGAACCGCAGUGGAACUUGUUCCGGAGCUCCAGGGGCUUCAAUUGGGUAUGGCAAGCUUCGACUGAAUUGACGCCACUGCGGAGCUCAUCUCGGAGGACGAGCUCCUGCAGGAGCUCCGCGGAGACCAGCAGCUCGGCCGGCAGCCCGUCGGACAGCAGCAGCAGCAGCAGCAGCAGCAGCAGCAUAGGGAUCCCUGCGGACUACUGUCGCUUCUGCAAGCAGAACGGGGAGUCUGCGCAGGUUUUCCGCUCACACGCCCUGAAGUCGGAGGAGGGGAAGGUCGUGUGUCCCAUCCUGAGGAGCUACACCUGUCCCAUCUGCGGGGCCACCGGGGACCGGGCUCACACCCGCAAGUACUGUCCCCAGAAGGCUGCGAGGAUGCCGCCCGGGUUCAAGUUCUGGUGACCUGGAGGCAUGUCUGACGACGGCAUGACUUGACUGUACAUAAUUAGGCUACCUGAAAUGUUCAGGGGGAUGUGUUAAGCCUGAAUUAUGGUUCCGCAGAACCAUAAAUCAGCCUUUACAUUUGACAGCUGUAUUUGUUGUAUGUAGGUUUUAAUGUUUACACACAGUACUUCCGAUUCAGAGCUGGUUCGUGUGUUUGAUUUAAAACAUGUUUUCACACAUCAUCAUUUUACUGGAAACGGUCCGGUC